UUAUAUUUAAAUGAUAUACAUAUUUGCUCAAAACUUUUGUUAAGAAUUUCGUAAUCGGUUUUGUUGAAUAGCUUUUUGUUGUUUGAGAGAGGAAAAAAAGAACAACGGCACGCCUGCCACUGGUUAUGGAGAAAAAAUAGACGGUCAUCAUCAUCAUUAACGGCAGCAAAUCUCUUUAUUUUUUUUUCAUCAUUUAACCCCUUCCCCUUCUGUGAACGUUGGCCCAAACCCUUCGGGGUAAACACUCACAUUCAUUGCCUUCCGUCGCUACUUUUUGGAUUUUCUCUUGAAAAUAAAUAAAAUAAACAUUCCCCCCACCCCCCCCCCUCAUUUAAUAUAUUAAUUGAAAUAAAAAUAUUUUUUUUGAUUGGUUACAGUUUAAUGAUUUGUAAUAAUUAAAGUUUUUUCUCUCAAUUAUGUUUAUAUUUUUGUUAACCUUACAAUAAAAAUUAUCAAAUAUCAAUUAAAUAAGUGUAAUUUCUAAUCUUAUAUAUUUACCUAUAUAAUUUAGUUAAUUUUUAAUUUUAAAAUGCUUCAAUUUCCAUUUUCAAUUUCUUGUCACCCAAUACAAUCAAAUUCUUCUUUCUCCUCCUCCCCAUCUUCCUGUUGCUCUUUAUUUCCUUCACAUUAUUUAAUGCCUAUAAAUGAUGGCCAACAUAUACAGCAGCAACCAGAAACUCCUUACCAACAAAAUACUUUACAAAGGCAUUUUUUAAUUUUUUCCAAACACUUUUUAUUUUAUUUUUAUAUAAAUUUAUAUAUUUAUUUUUUAUUAUUUCCUCACAGUUUGGAUGUAAGCUCAUUGACUGAUGACCAGUUGGAGUGCCUUUGUUUAAUUCUAGAAAAUUUUGAGAAUUUCCGGGGUUUGGAAUUAUUACUCAAUUUACUUCCCCCUCCAACAGUCCCUGAAAAAAGUUUAGCCAAAAGUGUUUUGAUUCGAGUUAAAGCUGUUUUGUUAUUUCAUCAGGGUCGAUAUGAAGAAUUUAAAGAAUAUAUAAAAUUAAAUAAAUUUAAACAAAAAGAUCAUAAUUUAUUGCAAAAUUUAUGGAAUGAAGCUAAUUAUGCGGAGGCUUCAAAACAACGUACUAAACCCCUUGAUCCUGUGUCACGUUAUCGUAUUCGUAAAAAGAAUAUUUUCCCUUCAAGUAUUUGGGAUGGUGAAGGAACUAGUUAUUGUUUCAAAAAAAAAGCGAGGGAAAUACUUAAACAAGCAUACAAAAUAGAUUCAAUACCAAAUCUUCAAACAAAACAAGAAUUGGCAAAACAAACAGAAUUAAGUGUUUUACAAGUAUCUAAUUGGUUUAAAAAUCAGAGACAAAGGGCUAGACAAAAUAUUCGGUUAAAAAAUUUAAAAUUAAAAAUUUUUAGAAAAAUAUUUUAG